AUGCAUGAAUGCCCCAGAAGCCACGGGGAAAACGGCUGUGUUGCGGUGUCUCCGCCAUAUCUCAAGAGAAACUCGAUUGAGUAUCUUUUUUGCGUCGGGUCACUUUGUCUGGCGGUGUUGUACUUUCUUGUCAUUGACAUUGGGCGGGUGUCGCGUCGACAUGUUGCAUUACUCGAGGAUUCACUUGCGCCCGCGUGGCCGCCCUUUUGCUGGCUAGGUUCAAAGGGUAUGGAUAUCAAGGAUAGCCAGUGGCGUCAGUUCACGUUGGUGCUCCCUAUCGUUAUUCCGGCCUUUGCUCUUUUUCUUUACAUUUCGCACCGACUUCGGAAGCGUGGAAAUGGAAAGGAGUUGGAGUCGUUGCAUGUGCUUCACAUUAUUGCGGGUUUGGUGAUUGGCUUUGGCAUUAGUGGUCCGGGCUUCUUAUUUACUGUUGUUAUUCUCUUUGGGAACUUCUACGGUGCGAGGAGACUGCAUAAGACGGUUCCCUUCACGGCGUUUAUGGCGAUUAUGUGGGGAACGCAUAUUGCUUUACUUUUCGUUAACAGUUACUUUGACGGUUACCGAUUUGCCUGGAUUGGGCUUGGGUUUCUCGACACACUGGUAGACCCAGUCAUGCGAUGGACGGUGCAUUACAACAUGAGCGUGCUUCGUAUGAUAGCCUUCAACACGGACAUGCAUGAGGCCCUUCUGGCGUCUUCGGAGCGACGCCAAAAAGCCAUAGACAAACAUGACAUGUCGUGCAUUGAAUGUGCACAGCUUCGUGAGGCAAGCGCUAACAAAGGGGGUGGUUCAGUUCCGUUCGGUUUAGACGCUGGAGGCUUGCGUUGUUACAAGUUUCGCACCGAGUAUCCACUCGAUGCGGGUGAGUACAAUCUACUGAGAUAUCUUGGUUACGUUUUUUACCCUCCACUUUAUAUAGCGGGUCCCAUUUCUUCCUUUAAUGCGUAUGUGUCUUACUUGAAGGAGCCCUGGCGGCCGAUGGAUGGGAAAUUCCUGCGACACUACUCUCUACGCACACUUUUCAGUUUUAUGCUGAUGACGACCACGGUGCACUACAUUUAUGCGGUUGCCAUACUGGAGAAUGGGGCGGCGUUUGCCUCCAUCUCUUUCUCUCGGAGGGCCUUAGUGCUUUAUCUUCAGCUUGCCUUUUUGUGGCUGAAGUUUAACUGCGUGUGGAAGUUAUUUCGACUAAUUGCACUCUUGGACGGCUUUGACGUGCCGGAGGACAUGCGUCGGUGCUUUAGUAGCACCGUGAGCAUCCGAGACUUUUGGAGGGAUUGGCACGCCUCCUUCAAUUUGUGGAUUGUGCGCUACAUGUACAUACCCAUGGGCGGAAACAAGAAGAAACAUCUCAACAUCUUCCCCAUCUUCUUCUUCAUAGCCAUUUGGCACGACAUUGAGCUUCGGAUGAUGCAUUGGGCAUGUAUUAUUUGUGUCUGCUUCGUUGUGGAACUUUUUUUGACGCAAGUCGUAUUUCAUCCAAGCGCGCCGAUUGUCGUGGUGCUGGCACGCCGACCGGUGCUCUACCGGCACAUGCGCACUCUUGGUGCAUGCGCGAUUAUGCUGCAGUUGGUUAUUGUAAAUCUUGUGGGCUUUGGCAUUGGGCUUGGCGGAGCACAACAAAACCUAAGUGCGAUGUGGACAGAUUCCCCUCUCUCCUUCCGCUUGCUCAUGGUGUUUUACUUUUACCUGGCAGCCACGAUUGCCAUUCAGGAAAGGGACCAGAAAGAGUUCGAGGAACAGCAGUGCCGCGUGAAGUACGGUCUCACAGGUGCCAAGGGCAAGACUUUGGCAGCAGUGGCGCCUGCCGUUGAAGUCGCUCUCGAUGGCAGUGAGGGAGCAGACUUUGGAAAAAAUGCAAACCAUUUGAGUCAUACAUGA